AUGGCUGAUGAUAUAUAUGUUGUUGAAAAAAUUCUUAAUAAAAGAAUACUUGAAAAUGGUGAAAUAGAGUAUUUUUUAAAAUGGUUUGGUUAUAAUGAAGAUGAAGCAACAUGGGAACCAGAAGAAAAUGUUUUUUGUAAAGAUUUAAUACAACUAUACGAAAAAAGUGUAAAUAUUAAUGAGAAUAUAGAUGAUGAAUGUAAAUUAAUUAUUUCGACAAUCCUCGGUGAACUUGAAAAUCUUGUUGAAACAGUCUCUUCAAACAAUGUAAGCAUGGAUGAUCUAGCAAACAAUUCUUGUUUACCAUCCACUCAUAUAUCAACUGCUACAAUAAUGGAUGAAAAUCCGAGUACUGAUAAAUCAUUACUGUCCGAUAUUCAUAAUGAAAAAGAAAAUGGCAUAUCUACAAAUAAUGAUACUGAAAAUGAAGAAUCAAAAUUAAUAAAUAAUAAUUCAGAGUCAAAAUCUAACAUGAAACGCCGUAGAAAACGAACAAAAACGACGUCAUUUACUCGUAAGAAAAGAGCUCGAGUUGAUUCUAUUCAUAAUAAAUCAAGUAUGGUUGAUGAGAAUGCUAAUGAUAUUCAAAGACAAGAACGAAUGGAAGUACAAAAUAAUACAAUCGAUUAUCUUUCACUUGAACCAGAACGUAUUGUUUCAAUAACACGUUCACGUUUACCAGCUGAACAACUUGAAUUUCUUUUACAAUGUAAAACUUGUCCAACAAAAUUAUUUUUUAUUUCAAAUGAAAAAGCAAAAGAACUUGUACCGGAUUUAUUAAUUGAAUUUUAUGAACGGCAUAUCAAUUGGUUUAUGGAUAAACCAUCAUCAUCAUCAUCAUUAUCAUUAUUAUCACCACCAUCAUCAUCAUCAUCAAAACAAAGAAAAUCUAAACGAAACAGUUAUUCAACUAAUCGAAGCAAUACAAAUAGAAAAAAAUCUUAA